AUGAAAAACGAUCAAAUUCAGUUUCAAACAGAAAUCCAAAAGUCAAUUGAUGGCAUGAAAAACGAUCUGAUUCAGUUUAAAUCAGAAAUCCAAAAGUCAAUUGAUGGUGCUAAAAACGACCAGAUUCAGUUUAAAUCAGAAAUCCAAAAGUCAAUUGAUAGCAUGAAAAACGAUCAGAUUCAGUUUAAACUAGAAAUUCAAAAGUCAUUUGAUGGCAUGAAAAACGAUCAGAUUCAGUUUAAAGCAGAAAUAAAAGGGCUUUAUAAAGAAAUCAAUGACAAUAUCCAAGGUAUCAAAAGCGAAGUCCAAACUCUAAAUAAAAUUAUCAUAGGAAUCGAAACUAGGGCCAAUGAUACAUGGGACAUGAUCAAAGUUCUUCUCCUCAAAAAGGAGACUGAAAAUUAA